GAUUGAAAGUAUAAGCUCGGAAAAGGAUCAAAAUCCACCAUAUGCAUUUCAGUCUUCUGCCUGUUUCUCACACACAAAACAUUGCAUUGGCCUAGAAAAUAUGCUGAAUCAGAACAUGAACUUGGUCUUGUCCACUGAUGCAAAACCUAGGCUCAAAUGGACUCCUGAACUUCAUUGUAGAUUCGUCGAAGCCGUCAAUCAGCUUGGAGGGGCAGACAAAGCAACACCAAAGAGUUUGAUGAGGGUCAUGGGAAUUCCUGGACUUACACUCUACCACCUCAAGAGCCACUUACAGAAAUACAGGCUGGGGAAAAGCCACCAGACAGAACCCUGCAUUAACAAUCAGCAAGAAAAUUACAGAGAGAAACAGAGCAGCGAUGGGCCUUUCAGUGGGGAGAUUAAUGAUGGAGGCCAGAAUCAAAUGAAUGAAAGCUUGAAGGUUGCUGAGGCUCUACAAAUGCAAAUGGAAGUGCAGAGAAAACUUCAUGAACAGAUUGAGGUCCAGAGACAUUUACAGCUGAGAAUUGAGGCUCAGGGAAAGUACUUACAAUCAGUAUUAAAGAAAGCACAAGAAACGCUUGCUGGCUAUGGUUGUUCUGGAGUAGAACUCAUAAAAGCUGAACUUUCUCAAGUAAUCUCCAUGGUUAACACUGGCUGCACAAGUUCUUCAUUCUCUGAAUUGACAGAAGCUGGAGCUUCGACCGUGAAAAACAUGGAAAGAAAGCAAACGAGAGGCACCAUGUGUUCCAUGGAAAGCUCAUUGACAUCAUCGGAGAGCUCUGGGAGAAAGGAGGAGAAGCAACCAAGAAAUGAAAAUGGUAGUAUCCAGCCGCAGCCUAAUGUUGAGCUUCCAUUAAUGGAUAUUCAUCUAGAAGAUAAGCCAUGGAAUAGUGGUAGGAGGAGAAGUGGGAGUACAAUUUCUGAAGGUAUAUCAGUUGAGCAACCGCUUGCUAAGAAAUUGCAAGUUGAUGAGGAGAAAGGGAGUGAAGGAUUGAGAAAGUCUGGAUUUGUUCGGACAUUGUUUGAUCUCAACACCCAAUACCAGAAUGACAUUGAGCCAAAAUCAAUAGAUUUGAACGACAAGGAAAUGGAUCAACCUAUUGGACACCUUUAUAAAAGGGAAGGACUUAACAAUACAGUCUAUGCAGGAAAACAUGAUCCUAAGAACUAAUCUUUUGUUCAUAAUUUAUAUUAUAUUUUGUUUAUAUGUAUGAACUUCGAAGAACUUCGAAAAGUAUAUCCAUCCCAAAAAAGGUAUAACGUAUAU